GGUUGACCGGUUUAUCCGCCAUAUUGAAUUUAGUCAAGGGAAAAAAGUGUUUUAUCCCUUUACAUCUGCCAUCUUAACAACCAUUAUACGUUUUUAUACUACGAUUAUUUAAUCCUCGUUAUUUUUACAAUGUGGAAGAUUCGUGAAAUUCAAGAUAAAGUGACCAAUAUGGUCAUGAAUUAUUCCGAAGUCGAAUCGAAAGUAAGAGAAGCGACAAAUGAUGAUACCUGGGGCCCUCACGGAACUUUAAUGAGCGAAAUUGCGAAGUACACUUACACGUACGAACACUUCCCCGAAGUCAUGUCAAUGCUUUGGAAAAGGAUGCUUCUUGAACGAAAAAACUGGCGUAGGGCUUACAAGUCGCUUUUACUACUUGCGUAUUUAAUACGCAAUGGAUCUGAAAGAGUUGUAACGAGCGCUAGGGAUCAUAUUUACGACAUGAGGCAGUUAGAGGACUAUCAACACAUCGAUGAACACGGAAGAGACCAAGGCAUAAAUAUUCGGCAUAAAGUAAAGGAAUUAAUCGAGAUGGUCAAUGAUGAUCAACGUUUAAGGGAGGAAAGGAAGAAAGCAAAGAAAUCGAAAGACAAGUACAAGGGAGUUUCUAGUGAAGAAGUGUCUCGCAAAUAUGAUUACAGUGAUCGGUACAGUUCUGAACCAAAAAAUUUUGAUGAUGCUUAUGAUGAAUUUGAAGAAAGAUCAACUCGUAAAAGCUCCAUAAGAAAAUUCAGAGAACGAGCAUACUCAUCGAAUAAUGAAUAUAGGGAUGAAGUGUCAAGUAAAAGUGACGAGGAGGAGGGCGAGGAUGCGCUCAAGCCAAAACAACCCAUUCCUGCUAAGGAGGAAAGUCCUAUUGUUAAAAAAACUGUUCGUAAAGUUAAUCUCGGUGCUGCAGCCAAUUACGGUCAGACGCAGAAGGAAACUCCUAAAGUUGAGGAGAUGACUCUGAAGGAACAGGCACAAAUGUCGCAAAAUUCCGCUUCCAACGAACUUGUGGAUUUGUUUUCUUCGUCGGAAAUUCGACCGGUGGCCAGCAGCAUUCCUCCAUUUCAGUCUGCUCCUGGUCAAAAUGCUGAUGGAUCGUUUGGAACUUUCGAAUCGGCAAACAAACAGAACGGAAACGAUUUUGCAGAUUUUACAGCAUUUUCUGAAGCAAAGUCUACUUCGGUUAAUGAUGAUUUUGCAGAAUUCAAAUCCUCCGGUCAUUCACAGCAAUCAACUAAAAACAGCGAUAAUGUGGAUCUUUUUCAAGAUUUCACGUCUGCGUCAAGCUCAAAUCAAGAUCUUUUAUCAAAGCCGACUGGAGUUUCCGGUAACCCUUCCCUUGGUUUUCAACAGACAAAUCAACCGAUGCAACCAAUGACUAUGUCAGCAUCGAUGCAGCCAGCCAUGAUGCCGGUGUCUUCAGAUAUGACAUCAGGAAUGAUAAAUCAUCCUGGUAAAAUGGGCAACAUAAUGAAUGGUUCACCUAUGAUGCCAGGCAAUCAAGGAGGAUCUUUGAUGAGCAGUGGGCAACAGCCUAUGAUGGGAGGUGCAUAUACAUUCGGUAAUCAACCAAUGAUGAGUGGAGGUCCAACUAUGGUUGGCGGAAGUAACAUGAUGGGCGGAGCUUAUACUAUGAGUGGACAACCCAUGAUGGCAGGGACACCCAUGAUGGGUGGAGCAGGAAUAAUGGGUGCUCCCACAAAUAUGAUGGGAGGAGUUCAAUCUAAUAUGAUGGGAGGGGCUCCUCCUAAUAUGAUGGGUGGUUCUACGGCAAUGAACUCGUCUUCAUUGAUGGGAAAUGUGAUGGCAUCCUCUCAAGCUAAUGUUAUGCGAGCACAGUCAAAUGUGCCAAAAUCAUCUGAUUCAAAAGUUCAACAAGGAAAGUCUUCACAACAGGUUUCAAGUACAAAAUCUACCACUUGGUCCAACAGUGGUGUUGACAUAAGUUUGGAUAAUUUAGCACCAAUGUCCCAUAAAGAAAAACCAGCACAACCAAGUAUGAACCAGUUGUACAUGCAAAAUUCGCCUCAAAUGACGUCACCGAACACCGCUUACUAUGGCAACGGUGGCAUGCAGCCAAUGAUGUACACUGGUAAUCCUUUGGGGAUGAAUAUGAACAUGAGCGGUAAAGCCUUUAGGCAAAUGAACAUGUCGACACCCCCUAACAUGAUGAACAGGGGUAUGAUGGCACAGGGGGGUGCGAUGAAUAUGCAACAACCAGGAAUGGUCGGAGCUAAUCAGAAUUUUGGUAGAGUAAUGCAAUUCAAGUAAUUUAUAAACAAUUAGACAAAAUGAUAUUUUUCUCAAUGAUUUACAUAUGUGCCUUCGUUUAUAACCAGCUACUAACGCAGGCGCGCAAGUAAAGAAUAAUGAAAAUUGUGUGUUGAUAAUUGCACGAGAUUUUUUCACAAUACUUCAUGUACAUGAAGGUAGUUUUGACUUUGUAUCGUACAUCCAUACGACUGUUUUUAAUCCUAGGCCUGUUCUCUACAGUUGAUUGGUUUUGUAUAUGUGACCGAAUUCUGCUUGGCAGAUUUGUUUAAUACUAAUAACGUGAAGGAAAUGAAUUAAUAAUUCGACAAAAUUAAAAACAACAAAUAUUA